GAGUCAUCACAGAUUGAAGAACAGGAGAGAGAGAGAGAGAGAGAAGAUGAACAACCGAGGAAGGGAAGCACCAUCAUCCACCGCCCUCGAGUGUUGUAUGUGUGGUGAUUAUGGAUUACCUGAGGAGCUCUUUCGAUGCAAGAUUUGCCUCUUCAGAUUCCAACACAGAUAUUGCAGCAAUCUCUACCCAAAAGCAGAGUCUUAUAGAGUCUGUAAUUGGUGUCUAAAAAGAAAGGGAAGGAAGAUCAUAGAUGGAGCAGCACACAAUUCUUCUUCCUCUUCUCUAUCUUCUGCCAAUAAUAACAGCGAGAGACAUAAAGAAGACGGCAAGAACAACAACAACAGGAAGAUCAAUAACAGUAGGAAUGAUGUGCUUAUGGGUGUGAAGGCCCAAAGAGGUAAUCAUCUCCAAUUGCAUCUACAGAGUCCAAUGAAGAAACAGAGGUCGCCGGAUCGAUCAUCGACGGCAGCACGGAAGAGGUUAAUAGCAAGUGGGUGUUUGGAGGAAACGCUUAGAAGGACCAAAUCAGAGGAGAUCCAAAAGAGUGGGAUCAUCAAACAGGUGUUCAGAGGUAAGGUUCGAAGGUAUAAGCUUUUGGAAGAGGUCUCCAGUUAAUGUAUUCCAAACCCUUUUGGAAUUUUUUCUUCUUCUUUAAUGUAACAAAAUUAGAAGAGAGAGAGAG